UAUCUUAGACCGCUUGCCUAGUAGGCUAUAUAAGAUAUGCAAGGCUGCACAGAAGCUCUUUGGAGCGGAAAAGGAAAAAAAAAGCCACAAAGGGCUGCUUCAGAUAAGAGAUAACUGAGAGAGACAGAGGCAGGCAUCCCUUCGCUCCUAAAGAUGGAUCGGUAUCAGAGGGUGGAGAAGCCGAGGGCAGAAACGCCCAUAAACGAGAACGAGAUACGGAUAACUACACAAGGGAGGAUGAGAAACUACAUUACCUAUGCCACUAGCCUCCUCCAGGAAAAAGGAUCUAAUGAAAUUGUCCUCAAAGCUAUGGGGAGGGCUAUCAACAAGACUGUGAUGAUUGCUGAAUUAAUUAAGAGAAGGAUUGUAGGUCUCCAUCAAAACACAUUAAUUGGAUCUACUGAUAUAACUGACACGUGGGAGCCAUUGGAAGAGGGCCUUCUUCCUCUGGAAACUACUCGUCAUGUAUCAAUGAUCACAAUAACAUUAUCUAAGAAGCAGCUGGAUGUUUCCUCGACAGGAUACCAAUCACCUAUACCAGUUGACCAGGUGAAACCAUGGAAUGAACUUGAGUAUGAAGGAGAGGGCUCACCUGGCAUGCGAGGCAGAGGACGUGGUGGUCGAGGAAAGGGUAGAGGGGGUAGAGGCAUCAACAAUGGGGUGGGGGAAUACAAUGGAGAUGGAGGUUGGGAUGGUGUACGCAGUUACGGUGGCAGAGUUCGAGGCCGUGGAAGAGGCCGUGGUUUCCGUGGGCGUGGAAGGGGCUAUGUGGGUGGUGAUAUGCAACAUGAGUCAAGUGGUUAUAAUGAUUUUGGUGGACCGGAAGCACCGCCUCCACAGGGGCGUGGGCGUGGCCGUGGCAGGGGAAGAGGUCGUGGCCGUGGUCGAGAUUUUAGAUCAGAUGGACCAGUCCAAGCAGCUGCUUGAGUGUAGUAUUGAGGUACAACAUUUGGUUUAAAAAGGAAAUGGAUGCCUGCUCUGCGCUUUAUUUAAAGAAAGGAAAAACUGAAGUACUUCACGAUAUAUUUCUAGGCAUCGUCUAGUCGCAACUGUAAUGAGCUGCCCAGUCAUUUGACAUGACAGCUUUGGUUUUUGUAGGUAGGGUGUUUUCAUUUAUUGCUAGAAGUUGCAGUUUAUGGCACUUUGUACAAUUUUUCUAUGCUUUGGGUAGGAAUAAUAGAGCAGCACAUUCUUUUA